CUAGUAAGCGGCUUGUUUUCUUCGUUGUAUGCUUGUGCAGGUCCAGGCAGGCUCGCACAAGAAGCGGGUAAGGCUGAAGGUCCCGGAGCAUUGCGCAUGCCUCGUUACCGAGAUCCAUGAUAAGCAGGAACAGAAGCGAUAGUCCAGGGCUGCAAUCUGGACCGACAUGCUCCGAUCCGCUCCCGGUCAAUCUUAGCCUUUCGGUGCUGUCGGUGAUCCGGUCCACUUCCACUGUGGACCAUGAUAGGAGUAUCCAGCCUCGCCAGGAUUGCGGAGGAUACGCAUCACCUUGUUCUAUGGGUAGCAUACCACACAGGCAGAGCAGAAUCGAUGGAUGAAUAUUCAGCCGUGAUCGACUUACCUUGCGGUGGCGAGCAGGGACGAUAUGAAUGUUGCUCAAGAAGUGUGAACAGUGCUGUAAAUAAGGACAACGACCAAUCAUGGCUACAAACUUCAAGGUUCUGAUCGUCGGCGCAGGUGUCACAGGCUUGUCUCUUGCUCAUGGCUUGCGAAAGCAAGGUAUCGAGUAUGAGAUCUUCGAGAAACAUGGCGGUGCCACCCGACACCGUGACUGGGGCAUCACCGUCCACUGGGCGGUACAGUUCAUGGAGCUCUACCCCGAGGACAUGGGACAACGUCUUCGCAAGGCGCAAGUCAUUGUUCAGAGAGACAACAAAGUCCAGGAGCAGGUCGAAUUCCACAACGGUGAGACAGGAGAGGUCUUCAAGCACAUUCCAUUGGGUCCAGCGAAACGGUACAGCCAAAAGAAGAUCAGGCAGGCUUUGACACAGGAGAUCCCAGUCCAGUACAACAAGGAAAUGAAAACAAUCAAAGAGCUGCCAAACGGGGUCGAAGUAGUCUUCGCGGAUGGGACGACCGCCACAGGCACUCUUGUAGUAUGCUGCGAUGGAGCUCAAUCUCCGUCAAGACAACUUCUCUUUGCCAACAAGGAGGACGCCAAAUGGAAACCUCUGCCGGGAUUCAUUCUCAACAACUUUUGGAUGCAAUAUCCUGUCGACCGGGCACUCAAGAUCAAAGAGGGGCUGAGUGCCUUCAUGGACAUUGCAGUUCAUCCGAACGGUACGUAUUAUGGUUUGAUACCCCUUGACAUUGAUGAUCCGGACAAGCCAGAAUCCUGGAAAUUUCAAGUUUUCAUGGCGAUGAAAGCCAACAUACCACCUGAAGAAGACAGUUCAGAAAGAAGGUUCGCAAUAGUCAAGGAGGCAGGAAAAGCCUUUGCCGAGCCCUUCCGGUCCGCUAUAGAAUGGAUGCCUGAAGGGACGUUCAUCAGCACUGAUAGGUAUGGUACCUGGGAGAGCAUUCCAUGGGACAACAAGAAUGGACGAGUUCUCCUUGCAGGAGAUUGUGCUCAUUCUAUGACAGCACAUCGUGCACAAGGACUCAAUCAUGCGUUACAGGAUGUUUUGAACCUCGUCCAUGCAAUACCUGAGAUUGCCGCAGGGAAGCUGGAUCUGAAGGAAUUUGCCGAUAGCUACAUGGCAGAAGUGGUCGAACGAGGGGCCGAUGAAGUCCGGAUGUCACUGAAGCAAGGUCUGGCUGUGCAUAAUUGGGGUCAGAACAAGGAUAUGCCCAUCGUGAAGAUUGGCACCACUCCUUUGCAUAUGGAGCAGACCCUUGUCCCACUACCCACGCAAGGCGAGGCUGUCUAGAGGCUGAACUGCGUCGUUUGAUGAACGAUGUUAAAGACCUUUCUGGAAGAUCAUGUCAAAUGGUUCGCUUCCUACAAUAUGAAAGUUUUUGCC